GUCAGCAGAGGUCCUUUAGUGAUCUCUUUGAUAAAUAGAGGAAACUGCAAGGAAACUGCACGAACUGACAAUGAUAUUGUCAAUAACUGAUACAUUCAUAAAUUGAUUUUUUAGUAGGUUCAGUUACCGAAUAAAAAGACAAGCCUGUAGCACCAAGCCUGAGGACACCUACAAAAUAACUUUGUCUCUUUAGGAUUUAGUUCUAUCAAUUUAGAGCAAAUAUCAUAGUGCUCGUCGUGAAUUAGAGACAAAGGAAUUAUUUGUUAAUAUAUAGAGAAACUCUGAUUAAAAAAAAAAGAUCAGAUCAGAAGACUGAACUGAACUGUUGUGUAUGGCUCAGCGGAUCAACUACACGCCGAGUGUCGCAUGUCAUUGACCAGCCUGCUGGAAUCUGAGCCGUGGUGGUGGGGGGGACCAGUUCGCCAUGCACGGAUCAAGUCCUCCACAUUUGCCAGUGAUAGCGUGUCAUUACUGUUCACACGAGAAGCUCCAGUUAAGUGACCAGAGUCGGCAGGUCCAAAGAUGCUCGAAAGAAGCCUCCUGUAGACCCCAGCUCCACAGCUACUGUGCGUAAUGACAGCAUCACUGCGCUUCACAGCGUAGAAGCAAGUCUUUUGAGGAGAGCUUAUACACAGCCGUCCUGUAAUCCCCAGUAAUGGCCUUUGACACAUAAAGGAUUCCAGAUCCACUCACAAAGGCAAUAUUAAGGAUACCAAUCUCCCUCUGUUCUUCAGAUCAAAUUUCAACCAGGAUUCCCUUCAGGUAAGACUGGGUUUGGGGCCUUGGUGUCAGUGCCAUUGGAGCUCUGUGCACUGGAGACAAAAGGAGGACUCAGGAUACUCAGGAGAUAUCUGUGCUGAACUGGAGGUCUAAAGAGAACAAUGUCUCAUCAGACAGGUAUUCAUGCGACUGCAGAUUUGAGGCAGUUCCUGGUCAAAGCGAGACAAGGAGCCAUCAGAGUCAUAAAGAUUGUCAUAAGGAGUGAGCAAUUGGUGUUGGGGUCCUACAGAGAGCCCUCUCAGAGCUGGGAUCGGGACUAUGAUGCAUGUGUCCUGCCUCUUUUGGACUCGUUGGAACCAUGCUACAUCCUGUUCCGUUUGGACACCCAGAACCAGCAGGGCUAUGAGUGGCUCUUCAUCUCCUGGUCUCCGGAUCAGUCACCUGUACGAUUGAAGAUGGUGUACGCUGCCACUCGUGCCACACUUAAAAAGGAGUUUGGUGGAAGUCACAUCAAAGAUGAACUAUUUGGAACCACACAUGAGGAUGUAUGUUUUCAAGGUUACCUUCGCCACAUGUCCUCUUCCUCCAGCCCUGGUCCCCUCACUGCAGCUGAGCAGGAGCUUCAUCAGAUCAAAGCCACGGAGGAGGAGCGAAGACGAGUCACAACUCCGGCUGGGAGGGGAAUGAUAAGUGUGGAAAGUAGGCCGCUGAAUCUGCAGGGUUUGGCAUUCCCAUUACAGGAGGAAGCUAAACGAGCUUUACAGCAACUCAAACAAAGGCGCAUCAACUAUAUUCAGCUAAGGCUGGACACUGAGAGAGAGACAAUCGAGCUGGUCCAUACCAAUCCUACAGAGAUUCGUGAACUGCCAGCUCGAAUCCCUGCUGAUGCUCCUCGUUAUCACUUCUUCCUGUAUAAACACUCGCACCAGGGCCAGAGUGUGGAGGCUGUGGUAUUCAUCUACUCCAUGCCUGGAUACAGAUGUAGCAUCAAGGAGCGGAUGCUUUACUCCAGCUGUAAGAAUCAGCUGCUGGAGGAGGUGGAGAGGGAUUACAGCAUAGAGAUCAGUAAGAAGAUGGAAAUCGAGAGUGGAGACAGCUUGACGGAAGAGUACCUCUAUGACGAAGUUCACCCUAAGCCACAGGCCCUGAAACAAGCCUUUGCCAAGCCAAAUGGCCCUACAGGAAAACGGGGUAACAAGCGUCUGAUCAAGGGAGUAGGGGAGAAUGGUGAAGAGAGCUGAAAGUGACAAGGGAUCUGAGACGUAGCCUCCAGAAACUCUCACCUACAUCCUGCUGUCUGAUAUGUCUUUCCAUUUACAUUCAUGUGUUCUUUCCUAAAUAUUCUACCACCUACUUUAUUCACAAAGCCACACAUGUUUAAAAAAAAAAAACAACUCUGAUUAUUUUGCAUAAUAUUCCAAUAAAACCUGUUUCUGUACAUUUAA